CCUCCGCCAGGCAAGAUGAGCCGUGUGGAGGUCAACGGAAGCCCCGCGGGGUUGCGUGCCCGGCUCAACGGCACUCCACUCCGACCACUGGGAGGUCUGAUGAUCCCAGUAUACUGUGUGGUCGAGCACGCGGAUACGGGGGUGGCGUUUGACAGAGAGGGGCGUGGCGACAGGCAUGCUGAGUUUGUACUGGUUCGUAAGGACAUCCUCUUCACACAGCUGGUGGAGACGGCACUGGUGGAACUGGGCUACUCCCACAGUUCAGCAGUGCAGGCUCGAGGGAUCAUUAAAGUGGGACGCUGGAAGCCAAUGCCCAUCCACUACCUGACCGAUGCCCCUGAGGCCACGGUGGCCGACAUGCUGCUAGACGUCUACCACAUGGUCACCUUACGCAUCCUGCUGCACAGCUUCGCCAGGUUGGAGGACCUGCCGUCGGAACAGUGGAACCACGCCACGGUGAGGAACGCCCUCAAAGAGCUGCUCAGAGAGAUGAACCAGAGUGUCCUGGCCAAAGAGUGCCCCCUGUCUCAGGGCAUGAUCUCGGCCAUCGUCAACAGCUCCUACUACGCCAAUGUGUCCACGUCCAAAUGUCAGGAAUUCGGCCGCUGGUACAAGAGACACAAACGCAUCAAAGGUGAAUACCUUGAGAAGUUGUGGACAGGGCAAGAAAAACUGGAUAUCAAAGUGGAGAGAGAUUUGGCAGACCUGGGUGUCCUUGGCCAGCGGCCGCCCUCACUCUUACCCUCCCCAACCCAUUACAGUCCACUUGGAGGACCCGGGCCUCUCCCCCUUAAAGGUGGCCUUGGAGACCCACAGACUCCAACCCAGCAGCACCCCCUCCCCCUCCCACACAGCCAGCAGCAUCACAGCAGCCCGCCGUCGCGCGCCCAGGCUCCAGCGGUGACCCCGCCGGCCUCCCUCCCGCCCCUGCUGGGCCACGGCGCACUCCUCUCCCCGCAGCUAUCGCCACAGCUGGUGCGUCAACAGCUGGCCAUGGCCCACCUCAUCAACCAGCAACUCGCCGUCAGCCGCCUGCUCGCCCACCAGCAGCAGCAGCAGCACCCCCAGGGAGUCAACCAGCAGUUCCUCAACCACCCGCCUAUCUCGCGGGCCUGCAAGGCCCCCGGCAGUGCGGUGGAGCCCGGCCACAACCCCUCAGCCACCGAGGUGUCCCCGGACAUCUACCAGCUGGUGAGGGAUGAGCUGAAGAGGGCCAGCGUCUCCCAGGCCGUGUUCGCCCGCGUGGCCUUCAAUCGCACACAGGGCCUGCUGUCGGAGAUCCUUCGUAAGGAGGAGGACCCCCGCUCGGCCUCGCAGUCCCUGCUGGUCAACCUGAAGGCCAUGCAGAACUUCCUCAAUCUGCCUGAGGGCGAAAGAGACCGCAUCUACCAGGAGGAGAGAGAGAGGACCGCCAACCCCAACCCUAGCCACCCCAGCAACCACGUCUCCAGCUCCACCGCACAGAGACACACACAGAGUAAGCCCUCCGUGAUCAGCGCCGAGGUGCCGCUGAAGCUGGAGUCCUUGGUCAACAUCACCUCAGGGAUCUACGAGGAGAUCCAACAGGAGAUGAAGCGGGCCAAGGUCUCGCAGGCAAUGUUCGCCAAAGUGGCUGCCAACAAAAGCCAGGGUUGGCUGUGCGAGCUGCUGCGGUGGAAGGAGAGUCCCAGCCCUGAGAACCGGACCCUGUGGGAGAACCUGUGCACCAUCCGGAGGUUCCUGGCCUUGCCACAGGCCGACAGAGACCUGGUGUACGAGGAGGAGUCCAGACAUCACCACACCGAGAGGCUCCACACUGUGCUGCACCUGCCCGAACCACAGGCACUCCAUAGACAGGCCCUGACGCCUUUGAAGGACCCAUCCCCCAUACACGAGGACCCACAACCCAUCCUGUUGCACAGCUUGCGGUGCCCACCGGAUGGCCCUCAGCAUGGUGCCAGCUUGAGUCCUGGAGUUGGGGGUGGUGGUGGUGGCGGCGGUGGUGGUAGUGGCAGUGGCAGUGGUGGCGGUGGUAGUGGUGGUACUGGAUGCCUGAAGAAGGCUCGCUCCAGGACGCGCAUCUCCCUAGAGGCUCUGGGCAUCCUGCAGAGCUUCAUCGGUGACGUGGGCCUCUACCCAGACCAGGAGGCCAUCCACACCCUGUCAGCCCAGCUGGACCUUCCCAAGCACACCAUCGUCAAGUUCUUCCAGAACCAGCGCUACCACGUCAAACACCAUGGCCCGGCCAGGGAGCCUGCUGCCGGGGAGGAUGAUAGGGACAGCCUUAGUCCUGGUGAGAGAGGACCCGGGUCAACGGAUUGCCAUGGCGAGGAGGAGGAGGUGCUCUCAGGAUCUGAGGAGUCCAGCGAGGAAGGGCAGGGAUCAGUGGAGGUUUACAGAACGGAGGGCAUAGAAGAAAGAAAGACAGGAGAAGGGGGGGAAGGAGGAGGAGGAGAAGAGAUGGAGGUUGAGAGAAAGGAACGGGAGGGAGUAAAAAUCUCAGGCCAAGGAGCCGCCUCCCUUUCGCCCUACAGCAGCCUAGACAGCCCCCCGAACUCAGGAGAGCAGCAGAGAUAA